UGUAUGGCCAAAGCCAACAGUAUUGACCUUUCAAUGAGACAAAGUUCCCUUAGAAUUUAGCUCCAAAACAUACCCCUAACAUGAUCUGGUCAACCAGAAGCGUCUGAAAACAAUGGGAGAAAGUGUUGAGAACAAAAAGGGACAGAACUUAGAGACGAUAAUAUCAAAGCUAUCGAAGGAACAGCCGACCAGGAAACGCAGUAGCUACCUUUUGAUUUCUGGUAUUGACUAUUCAGGUCUAAUGUUCCAUGUAGGGUCAGGCCACGAAUCAGACGAGAAUGACGAGCCUGAUUUAUUCCAAUGCGGCAAAUGCCGUGCAAUGUUCACUAACCUUCAGAAAUACCUAAAGCACAAGCAGUCCAGAGAAUGUAGACAAAAGAAUAAUUCUACUCCUUCUACAGUAACCAGCCCGGGUUUUAGUGAGCCUGGGACUUUAGAAGGAUAUGAAGAUAAUAAUGCCAUUUCUAGCCCACCAAAAAGAAAACACGAUCGCAAAGGUAUUGCCAGACGGGUGUCUAAUGUCGCUGAAACAGAAACCGUGUCCGAUCCUCCCAGUCCUGAAGCCAAUAUUACCAGACCAUUUGGAAUAGGACAUCCAAUACCCAUGGGACUAAACCCAACAUGUACAGUAAUUAAUGGGAUGCCAAGUCCUGUCUCACGAUCUGGAAUAUCGGCCUUUCAGCCUCCAGUCCCCACACUUAAGAGUCCCACUGAAAGGGGUCCUAUAUACAGUCGACCAGAUAUGUCCCAUCAAGGACCAGCAUUGGUAUCUCCUGGUUACCCAGUAUCCUUUGCACAUUCACAGCCAAGUCCAAUGCAGCACGUAAUCAUAAAUAACCCAAUCCCCCACGUCAUGACCGGGCAUGGGUGGCCUCGGGCGACAAUUGCAGUAGAUCCUCACUUUAGUGGUAAGAAAGAACCCGUGUCCUCCCCUCACGGUCCACCACAAGUUCGGCCAGACGGAAAACCACCUUCUCACCCAGAGAGCCAUGCGCACACGCGAGGCCAAGGGAUGACUCUUGAUAACACUGGUCAACCUAUUGUAGUCCAUUUAAAAGAAAGAGGUCGACCCAUUCGUCCCAAGGAAACAGGUCUGACAGAGGAGGAGCUAACGGAGGAAAUCGUGACUUCUUCAGGACAAAAAAUCUUCAAGUGUAAAAAAUGCGAAAAAGAAUUCAGCUUUUCAAGCCGAUUAAAAAGGCACCUUCUGGUGCAUACAGGAGCGCGUCCCUUUGAGUGCCCUAUCUGUCUACGUCGAUUCACACAGGCCGUGGAUCUCAAGAGGCACAUGUUGAGACAUAGUGGACAAAAACCGCAUGUUUGCCAGUACUGUGGAAAACAGUAUACGCGUGGAGACAGACUCAAGGUUCAUCUUUUGAGUCAUACUGAGGCGUCAAACCAUUCAAUCGUGCCUCGACCCUACAGCUGCUCUCGCUGUAAUUCAACCUUCGAGGAAGCAGAACAUCUUCACCUUCACUCAUGUGUAAAAGCAGACAACAACGACGUGGACAACGACGACAAGACACAUCCCAAUGAUGACGAGGAUGGAGUAAGCACCGCAUCGUAUAAUCACGAAGACUCCCUCUCAGGCUCUGAAGACAGAAGCACCAAGAUGAAAAUUUACCGCUGCGAGAUUUGCCACUCGUCAUUUUCCAAAGCUACCUCGUUGAAAGCGCACUUGAUGAAGCACACAGGAGAGCGAAAAUAUCGCUGCGAGACUUGCAACAAGACUUUCUUUAGCUCGAGCAGCUUGAAGAUCCAUGUUCGUGUACACACAGGUGAUCGUCCCUUUAAGUGUAAAGAAUGCCCAAGAAAGUUUAGUGACCCAUCUAACUUCAAUAAGCACAAGAGAUGGCAUGCAAAGCAGAAGAGCCACAGCUUCGGAGAGUUCUCGGCUCAUGGUGUAAACCUAUCCGAAGGCACGAAGUCAACCACCGAGGAAGCCGAAGAACCUUCGGCUGCAAAGAGGCGACGAACGAGUGAGAAUGAUUCAAUCGAUGCCGCUUCGGAAAAAGAUGCCCAUGACUCAGGUGAAAGUUCUUAUGAAGCUGAAGGAGGGCAAACGCCUGAGGGUAGUGAUACAUUGUUUAUGGAAGACGACGAUGAGGAUAUCUCUGUUGAUGACGAUGAACCUCCGACGGGUUUUCGAUCACCCAAAGCUUUAGUUGGAAUGGAAAGUGAGAAUGAUGAUAAUCAACAACCACUGGUGAUCACUGAGGAACCACAAGAAGAAGACGCUGCAGUUAAAGAAGAGAAACCAGAAGAAGAAAAAGAAGAAGAAAAGUAAGCUAAAUUAUAUCAACUGUGAGGUUCCAUCUAAGCCAGGUUAGUUCGAGCCUCUACAAGGAUGUAGUCUUUUAACGGUUGCUGGCCAUAUCUGCUACUAAGUACGCGCAACUUACUUUUAACUACUUUCCAAUUAUUUUCGUUGAAAUGAAAAUCAAUUAUCUAUUAUAUGCUAUAGGAUGACUAAAUUGCCAUUGUUUCAMUGCUUUAGUUUCCCAUGAUCCUAUCCGGGCUGGUUGCCUAGUUGCGCAGAGCGUCAGCGACACUUAAUGUCAAGAGACUACAUACCUGUGUACUAUACAAGCGAGAGAAUAAAUCUAAAAUUUAUAAUUGAGCAAUUAUAGUACACGAUACAAUAAGAUAUUAGUAAAAAAUUAAUCACCUAACACUGAGUCAACUAAAGAUGGGUUCCCUGUGUACUAUCGGCUGCAAAACCUGGUACUGAGUCAGUGAUCCCUUUGAAUGUAUAUAUAUAAUCAAUAUAAUGUAAUCACUAUAUAACCGUUUUGUAUKUUACUCUUUACUAUGAGUAAAGUUAGAAAUUAAAAUAGACUCGAUGCGAGCAAAAAUAUAGAGUAGGUUUAAAAUAAGCAUUUAUAGAUUUAUAAUAAUAAGCACUAUUAAUUGAGGGAUUUUUUAACACUUAUAGCCCCACAUUUCUUAUUGUUUAAAUUAAUAUUUUAAUUUAGUACAUAAGUUCAUUGUUUUAUCACUGUUGAUGUCGGAGAUGUUUCGUGUUUUAGUCGACUCGCCUUCGAGACUGAUAGUAUUGUUUUAACAACCAAUUGCAAGGUUUUUGAGAUCAGGCGCCAUCUUGGCUCCCGUGACGUCAUCAAUUUAGGAUUGUUACGUCAUUUAGAUUCAUGACGUCACUGAACCAGAAAUAUGGCGUCUAAGAGAUUCUAACUUUUAAAGUUCUAACCAGAAAAACACUGAGAUAAGAAAAAGGUUUCAAAAACUUGAAUUAUUGAAUACAAACGACAACAACCACAAUCCGCAUUGAAAUUUCCUUGCAUUUUGGUUGUGGACUAUUGUGGAUUGCAUUGUUUUUAGUUUAUAACAAAACCUUUUAGUGAUAUGUUAUAACCAUAUAUUAAUCACAUUUAGCAGUUAUAUAUACUCAUUUUGCAUGCUCAACAAUGAUAAUCAUUCAUAUUAGAAGGUAAUUUAGACAAAUUUGGGUUAUUUGUCGAGAGUAAUUGAGAAACAUAUUUACUACCCAUAAUUCAUUUCGGAUAUAUGUGUCUUCCAUUUUUAACUUCACAAAAUUCAUUGCGGGAUUUGGAACUGACUUUAAAAAUACACUUACUCAGGACUCUUUAUCUGAAUCUAACAAAGGUGAAGAUAAGAUAUUAAUCGGUCAGGAGCUAGCAUUUAUAGAAAUAGAAUUGUUCUCAUCACUUAAACGUGAAAUAAUUACUGUUUUAAACAGUGGUAAACUGUUAUACUGUCCUUUGCUUUUGAGUUCUUAACUAUUAAGUAGUAGAUAGCAGUGUUUGGUUCGCGUGUUGAUGAGAAUGACUGUAGCCUAUUAGAGUAUUUUGUUCGUGGUUUUACAGAACUACUUGAAAAAUAAUUAUAGUGGUGAUUAUAUUAUUUUAUUUUAUACUACUUUCUACUGAACUAACAAGAUCUCUUACUAUAUAUAUAUAUACUUUAAAUAUUUUCGUACAACUUUUACGCAUACAUAAAAUAUAGUAUACCUCAGCAAUGUAUAAUAGCCAUGACGUUGUCAUGGAUACAAAUUAUUCAAAAUGUCGGAAUGUCUACGGGAUCUUUCUAUUUACUGCAUACAUCAGGUCUGUUUUUGAUACUCAAAACUACUAUUUUAUACUGUUUAUUCUCUGAUUUGAGUAUAUAUAUUGAUAUUUAUUUCUUGAAAAAUUAUUGGCAAUAGAAAAAUGCAUUUGACUUCGUAAACUGGUAAGCUGUCUAUUUGAAUAAAUCGUGUUCUGCCUUUCGUCGCUCAAAAAUUCCGAAAGAGUGGUAUAAUCUGGCUUGAACUUCUGAAAACAAACUGCAUUUAGUCUUAUUAUAUUUUUGUCAAGUAGUCUGUUACAACUGUAGAGAUUUAGUUAAUUUCCAGUAAAAAAAACUGUCUAAAUAAAUCUGGAUACUUAUGAAAUGACAACUAGAUUUCCUUUCAUUAUCUGUACAUUGUAGUUACCAGGUAACCGAUUAGUCAUGUUAAAUUACUGUUGCCGUGCAUUACCGCUGAACAUUAAUACCGUCUGGUGCUCGUUCGAAGAAGACUUUUGAUAGUUCUACAUUUGAUAAUCUGCAUUUCUCUAUAUGCGUAAACAAUAUAUUUCUUUCUAUAUUGAAUUGUUAUCUUGGUUGAUAGAAUUGACCAUUUUUCCACGCUUGUAAAGGAGCUUGCAAACUGAAAGUCAUAGCUUGAAAGUUGAGUUUCUCCAGCCAGUAAACAGCUCUUUGUCUUAUUUGAACGGACAAAAACGCCAAAUGAAUUACGUACGAACGAUAUUAAAAGGCAAUUUUGUGUAAAGUGCAAAGUAUGAUGGGAAAUGUAUUACGACUAACCACCAAAAUGUUUUCUAAAAGGUCUUUUGGUAAGUUUGUGUUUCCUAUAACGGCUUAAAAGCUUAAUAACAAUCUGUUUAGGCAUUGCAUUACAGUUCAGUCAAUGCAUUGCCCAAUAUGCUUUGUUUAAAAAAAUGUUGUCGCUUCAUUGGCCUAUUGUUUAAUGCAAAGAAAGGUGGUUUCUACGUACCAUUGCUAGGCAACCGCUCUCAAAACACAAGAGAGAUGCAGUUUAUCAAAGUAGUACAUUUAUAUGAAAUAGCUUUCUAAUCUGGAGAUACAUAUUCUAUACGUAUUAUACAAAUUACAAUAUUGGAAUUUGUCAUAUUAUAUUUAAACGGGGAACGCCCCCUACAAUUGAUUAGGCUUUCCUUGCUUACAACAUUUAUUUAAAAUUAAAUUUCUGUAUUGGCUUGGCGUAUAUCAUAUUCCUGCAUAAGUCAGCGGCAAAUCAUGUUUAGAGCUUGCACGUGCACAUACAUUGUAGAAGCGGACUCCUGGGACUCUAACAGACCGCUGACACAAGCUGGACAAACUCUGGGCUCGAGAUAUGGUAAGCCGCUGUACAUAAUGCAGUUAGAAUCAGCGGUAAAUCCACAGUAAUUGGCGGAGCUUAAACUAAUUUACGCAUGCGCAAUAUAGCAAACCGCUGUACAUAAGCUUCUGCUUCUAAUGUCCAAUGUCCUUUUUAUAAUUAAGCUAGCUCUUAAUACCCAGGCCAUCCUGCGUCCAAUUUGGUUGGAUAUAGUCUGGGUACUUAAAGCCAAAACAAUCGAUGAUAAUAGAUGACAAUUCAUUUUAUUAUUGAUAUACAUACAUAGUAUAUUGGUUAAUAUCUAACUUGAGGGGGAGGGGGAGAGUCGAGGAAUUUGUAUUCUCUGGCUCAAGCCUUCAUCGUCUAAGUUAGUAUAAUUGUAUUCAAGAUGAAAUUAGUCCAGCGCCUGUUUUCAAUCAGCUUUAGCACCUUUAUCCUUAUUUAGAGGGCCAUGGUCCACCAGCAUCCCUUUUGAGCUUUUCUUUAUGUUGAUAAUCGUAAUAUAAUUAAAACGUACUCUUUAUUAUCACUUUAUACUAUAUAAAUGGAGAUACUGUAAAAUUCGACCUUUAAAACAAAGGAUGGAAACGGAUUGCGAAUGGAUAUCUGAAGUCACAUCAUUUUCCAUAUAUUAAAAAUCUAAAACACGACUGCUUUGAAAGCUGGGGGACCAUGGACCUUUAAGGUUUUAUUGGGAAGAUGAUGUAAUGAUGAUAAGACUGACGUUGAUGAUGAUAUUGAUAAGCGGUCUUCACUAUGUAGAGUGAUUUUCCUUUGGCAGUGAAAAAAAUUCAAGUCUAUUACUAUAGCUAUUAGUUUUGCUCUACUUUGUUGGUUGACCAAAAGAAACCACUCUAUUGUAUUUCUGCUACUGUUUUAGUUACUGGCAAUUGAUUUAUUAAUAAACCUCUAACAACCGAUACACCUACUUGCGAAAACGUUGUCAUAAAAAAAAUAGGGCAUUUGUAUUUUAGUAAAAAGGAAUAAAUUAUAAAGACAAAAGAAGAUCACUGAGGCUGAACGCUUUCUUUUGUUUUGUUUUAAUUUAUUCCUUUUUACUAAAUUCGAAUGUUCUAUUUUCUAUGACAACGUUUAUGGAAGUAGGUGUAAAUAAAACUGACUCAUAACCGAGUUACAAGCGACUGAUAGUCGACUUGUGACCGACUGAUAACCGAUAAUGAUAGCCGACUGAUAGCCGACUAUAAUAACCGAUUUUAACCGACUAAUGACCGACUGUUAAUCGAUAAUAACACCCUACUAAUAACCGAUAAUGAUCAGCGACUAAAAACCAAUAAUCAUAACCGACUGAUAACCGACUGUUAACCGACUAAUAACCGACUGUAACCUAUAAUAACAACCGACUAAUAACCGACUGGUGACCGACUGUAAAUCGACUAUAAUAAUAAAAUUCAAUACAAUUUUUACUUUAAUAAUAACAAUAAUAUUUAUCAAUAUCCUUGACGCAGUUCCAGUAACAAUAAAUCGUCAUUACGUCAUUAUAUUCCAUUAUAUUAGGAGCUAAGGUAUAUUCUAAACAGAACGUUGAGUCAAUAUAUCACACAUAUAGUAUUUAGUAUUACAUAUAUAGACAAUAUGUCGAUUCUGUUGCAAUCUUUAUUAUAGUGUGACACCUGAUUUUUUUAGCCCAAGUGAAGGUGUAACAGAAGUACGUUUGGGCGUUACAUUGUAACAUUGUAUACAAAACUAUAGAAAAACCUAAAUUGUUACCGAGGACAGACACAAUUUUUACCCAAAACUUAGGUUAAUAUGGAGCCGGGACGUCUUUGCAUCCGCAAAACGGAUAUAAAACUGUUGUAUCUCGACUAUAGAAGUAUUUUAAACUUUUUAAAAGUUUCCACUUAAAAGACCGGUUUCGGAAGCGUCCGGAUACGGCUGGCAACCCAUGAAAUAACCGACGGAUGCAAAAGUGCCUGGCUUCAUGUGGACAUGGCUUAUAUCACGUCAUAAUGACUUUAGUUUCACCAUAUUUGAAAGAAAAUUAAAUGAAUAGUAAAAAGAUGUAUUUUUCCUUGCAUCAGUGGUAUGUGGGGCGACGAGUGUUUGUAGCUACGUACGUACGGAAGCGAAUACAUUUUAUUUGAAGAACCUAAUUUGACGCAGUUUUAGGCCCGGUUCACACUUUCUCCUAAGCAAAGGAAGGGAAUUUUCUAAAUGUAAAGCAGUGAAAACAUAAGCAUAGGCGAAAACGUAAGAAAAUGAAAACUUUCUUUGCGUUUCUGCCUAUGUUUGCGAUUCUGCUUCUACUGUAAUUUGAACAAUCCCUUACGUAUAGUAGCUUUGACAUAAUUUACAACAAAGUUUAUUCAACAUAGAAAUUGAUGUAGAAUUGGGUUUAUCUGCGCCACCUAACUGUGAACAGUCUCGAUUAACAUUAGUGUAUACUAACGCUAUCUUAACGCCUACUAGUUGAUAGCAGAUUGUUGCAUCAGGUUUACUUCAUAUAAAGGCGAAGGAGAUGAUUUGAGUCAAUUGCAUUAGACUGAGCUAAAGCUUGCUAUAAAAAGCCAAAAAUGUAAUAAAAAUACAAUAGAUAUUGCGGAUGUAGCACAUAUCGUCGUUUACAUAGAGACCUCAAGCUAAAGAUGAUCGACACUGUUCACAAUUAAAUGCAUUUCAGGUCAAAAAUAUGUAAAGAUUGCAGCAAAAGCUUUUGAGCAAUUUUUAUACGGUUGAAUUUACCAAAAUAUCCAGAAGUCUGUCCAAUCUGGUUAAGAGUAUAUGGAAUGGUAUGUAAUACCCUUGUUAAGCCAGUCAAUAAAGUCAAUAUAUCAUAUCA